GGGGGGAGAGAUGGGUUCAACAUUUGUUUCCACAUGUUAAGUUCAUCCUUCAAACUGGUGGAUGACAAUGGCCGGUAUAUGGGUAUUCACAGAGAUUCUGGCCUCCCCUCGUCUCCUUGCAGCUGGCUUGUGAAUGCCUCUCUCUUUGCUUCGGGGAUUAAAGGCAAGAAGAAGGUGUGUGUUUGUCAGCACAAGUGUCUGCCUGCACACAGGGAUUCCUGUAAAGAGCACAAGAGGGGCUGGUUGUUCCCUGCUCACCUCCGCACGUCUCGCUCACCAGGAGCACACGAUAGUCUCCUGACUGACCGACUACAAUUACAACUAUUUAUAUAGCGCCAACAUAUUCCACAGCGCUGGUCUACAGAACGUCACAAUGAAGGGAAAAGUCGCAGGUUCUCUGUAAAAUUGGACAGUCCGGGUUCUACAACUUACAUUGUGUUAUGUUUUAUAGAAGACACCCUGAGCUCUUGUUUCUAAAUUCUGGACUUAGUAUUUGGAUCUAAGAAACCCGUCCGAUCCUGGGUUACAGGGUCAGUCUCUGCCAAGAGGAUCAAUUCUCCGGCUUUACAGAAUGUUUGUCUUUGUUUGGGGAACCUUGAGGAUACAGACCCCUAAAAAAUGGACCAUUAAGUGUGGAGCUCUGUGCGUUGCUCCAUCCAGGUUAUUGUUACAGGAGAUCAGGACACACCUGGUCAGGGAGAGAUCCUGCCGUUUAUCGCACAGCUUCUAUUAACCAUUCAGAGAACAUUUCAUAUUGAGAGCAUCACCGGGUCAUUGUUACAGAUUAUUAAUAGAUAAACAGUUAUUUGCCAAUUGUGAGAACUCUGUGGACUCGAUGGAACAUUGUCUCCUCACUUGGACCUGCGAGUAGCUGGCAGAGCAGGGGGCAGACAUCGGUUCUUCUGAGGAAUUUGGCUGGGUGCCUGCUGUAGAAGCCUCUGCUUGUCGGGAUUAUAGAAACUGGGGAGUAAACCGCAGAGGAUUGAGAGCAGGUGAAUAUAAUUCUUUCUCUGGCCUUGGGAUGAUCAUGGAGGUGAUUGCUCAGCGUGACAUGAACGGACAUUCAUAACCAGGUAGACUCAGACUGUGCCCCCCAAAGAAGACCCCGCCGUGCUGAUCAUGCUCUGCUGGCCUCAGCUUCUGCUUCCUGCCUUGUGUUGGAUCCUGUUCAUUUGUCAGACGUCUGCUCAAGCUGACGAGUGCAGUGAGCACUGCGAUAUUUAUCACGGACAUUGCGACGAGGAAGGAGUUUGCAGGUGUGACCCAGGCUGGGACGGGAAGUUUUGUGAAGACUGUGUGAGAAUGCCAGGCUGCGUUCAUGGGUCAUGUCAUCAGCCCUGGCAGUGCAUGUGCCACCCUGGUUGGGCCGGAAAGUUUUGCGACAAAGAUAUUUAUAUCUGUGAACACUCCCAUCCAUGCCAAAAUGAGGCUGAGUGUUUAAUUGAGGCAGAUGGUGACUACUCCUGUCUCUGCCCAGAGCUCUUCCAUGGCAAGAACUGUGAACUCAAGAGGGGACCAUGUGAAAUAGCCGAAUUUCCAUGUUUAAAUGGUGGAACAUGCCAAGAUGAGCGUGGAUAUGCAGAUACAUUUGUGUGCCGCUGCCUUGCUGGAUAUGUCGGCAGACUGUGUGAAGUAGACGUUGAUGAUUGCCUGAUGCGUCCUUGUGCCAAUGGGGCCACAUGUCAUGAUGGGGUGAACAGAUUUUCCUGUGAAUGUCCUCUGGGUUUCCAAGGUCGUUUCUGUACAGUCAAUAUUGACGAUUGUGCCAGCAAGCCAUGUCAUAAUGGGGGGAGGUGUUUUGAUCGUGUGGGUAACUAUGAGUGCUACUGCCCAGAAGGGUUUCUUGGGAAAUCAUGCGAGAUCCCUUUGCCCAAACCAACUUGGGAUUAUGACCAAAGUACAUCAGCUGUUGACCUGGAAGCCACAUGGGCUUCUCCCAGAGUAACUCAGCCUGUUAGGACUGUAGGCACAAACAAGCUGGGAACAGGGAUGAGUGAGAAGCCUGGUGGAGGGAACAUCCAAAUAUCUGUAAAAGAGGUAUUUACACAAAAAGAACAUGGACUAAGUGAAGUACAGAUCAUCAUUGUGGCAGUUUUUGGUGGCAUGACUGGCAUGCUCGUCCUAAUCACUGUGACCGUCCUCCUGUGGUACAGAAAUAGAGGUGCCAGGAUGGUGGCCUGUUGCAGGGAUUCUCCAUCUGCCCCCAAAACACACUAUCAUGAAUGCCAGGAAACUUCAUCGAACAACCGCAAAACCACUGCCUUCUAAACUCUACCAUGUUGGGAAAAAAGUUGAGAUGUCUCACCUGACUUUUAGUUUAGUAAAAGACAUGGCUGCAGUACAUCUGGCAAUGAAAUAAGAAGCAUAUAAAUAGAACAGAUGGAUUAACAGACUUUGAAGAAGUCGAUUUAGUGGCCGAAACAUAGAACACUACAGUUAUAUGCUACACGACGACUUGUGGCGGAAAUAGGAAAGACAUAAUGAGCUUCUGUUUAACAUGCAAUGUGCUUAAACGAACUUUCUGGUGGACACUUUUUUUUACCAGUGGAACUACUCUGAUCUUAUAAUUGGCUUCUCAUCUGUCCUCGUGGAGCUACCCUGACCUGUCCCC